UUUGUUUGGGGUAGCCAAACGUUUAGUACAAGGUCUAGAUUUCUAGUUACUAAUCGAAAUUAUAGUUAUUUUGAAUUUUAGGCUACUAAAUCCUGUAUCAUAAUUCCUUUAUUUUUUUUUUUUUUACUUCAUUUUUUAAGCAGACAGAGAGGGGCGGAAAUAAUUUUAGAAUAUUGAAGUAUAAAACCAGCUGGAAUUUUUAACCCAAAAGAUCUUACAGACCACCAAAAGUGGUGGAUGCUAAAGUCUAAACAUAACCAUCAAUCAUGGACAGUGAGUUAGACGAACUAGAAGUGAAUCCAUUUUAUAAAGCAUUACAGAACAGGUUCACUUACCAGUAUGACCAGGCCCUUGAGAAUUGCUACUUGCUGUGUAUUCCACAGUCUAAGUCAAUUCCUAACCCUGUUAUCAACACAGAUUUUGUUGAUACUCAUAUUCUCCGUCCCUCUCCAUAUUUUAAAGGUCAAUAUUUGACAACCCAUGCUUCGAAUAACAAAAUGCUGAGUCUGUCAGAUGAUGGGAGGUGUUUUACCACUCUUCAAGGUUUUUCUGAAAUUGCUGAUGUAGAGAUACUGGGUGAGGAGCUGGCUUAUAAUAAGGAGUAUAAACAAUACAAGAUUCUUAUCCUCUCACAACCUUUGGACACUAAAUUUAUUUUCAAAAAAGAUUCUGCUGUCAAAACACAAGAAAAUAAUCUUUACAAACCCAAAUUGUCAGUUACUGACUGUGAAUCAUUUUUAUACAGUUUUGCAGAAUUCAAAGAGGUUCUAGACAGAUUGCAACUGGACAUCAAACAUUUCCUGAAGCAUUACAUGGUGCUGCCAGACUAUCUAGACGAUGCUGCCAACAGGCUCAAAGACAUGACAUACAAAGCUCUCAAGGAAAUGAUAUCUAAAUUAAAGGCCCCAAUGAAUUCUGAUGUGAAACUCAAGGAGGCGAUAGCUGGGUCUAUAGAAAGCUUCAUAAUGAAUGCUGUGUAUGAGAAAACGUUUGCUGUUAUACAAGAACAUCUUUUGGUGAAAGAUCAAAGUCUGUUUGCUAAGUGUGAGAGAAUUCAGCAAAUAAGAGCACAUGAAAUGGGAGUUCGUAAAGAGUUCUGUUGUCCUCUUCCAUCUGCUAUAGAUGAACUGUCCAGGCUGCCUUCAUUACACACACCUAGAGAGAAGCUGACCUGCCUGAAGUGCACUAUAGACAAUAUAACAGAGAGUAUAACAGCAUUUAUAAAUGAAGGCAUUGAGCUGCUUCAAGCCAUCCAGCCUACUGAUCAAGCAUGUAUCACUUCUGAUGAUCUUCUUCCUAUCCUGGUGACAGUUAUUGCUAAAGCCAAAUGUAGAUAUCUACAUAGUGACAUGUUUUAUAUGGAACACUUCAUGUGGGUCUCAACUGAUCUAGAUAACUUAGGGUUUUGCUUGGUUUCCUUUAAAGCUGCUGUGGAGUAUAUGAUGAAAACAGAUUUUUCAGAAAUGUUUGAACCAAUAGUUUCCACACAGGCUAGUUCUGAAAAAGUACUUACUGAUGCGCCCCAAACCCAUCAGACAAAGGUCAGGUCAGCAGAAAGUUCUGGACCAGACAGGUAUGAAAGACAGAUCAACAAGAUCUCAGGACUCCUGGAGAAAACAGUUUUACAGACGUCUAACCAACGUGGCCAGACAAGGCAGAUACAGAGUAUAUUCCCUGAACGCCAGCUUGCAGCUGUGCCUGCCAGUUCACAACCCAGUCAGAAAAAACAGAGCUCUCAACUUGGGGAUUUUCUGUCUGCCCUACAAGAUGAUGAUUUUGAUCAACCCUACGGCAAACAGACAUAAAAUUUAUUGUAUUGAGUGACUGAAAACAACUGUUGUUAAAACGUUACAUACAAAGUUACUUCCAAAAUAUCUGUGAUGAAUUUGUUGUCUGAUCAAACGUCAAAAUAUUUCUUUGAUUUUAUUUGUGAUUGAUGUAAUUUUUAAUAGAUUUUUAUAUUGCUUUUGAAGGCAUUUAUGAUUUAAAAUAGUGUUAUAGUUGAUUAUACAUAUGACUGUAACUGUACAAA